ACUACUCAACACUAGUUUUGUUUAUUAUCUCCAACAACAAAACAAACCAGAAAGAGUCCAACUAAACUAUACUUUCAGCGAAAAUUAUUAGAGAGAGAGUUAUGGGUUCCAGUUCGGAGCAAGAACACAAUGACGGCCACGUAGUUUUAUUUCCCUUCAUGUCUAAGGGCCACACCAUCCCACUCCUCCACCUUGCCCACCUCUUCCUCGCCCGCCGCCUCUGCGUCACCGUCUUCACCACCCCCGCCAACCGCUCGUUCAUAGACCAAUAUCUCGCCGACACCUCAGCCACGGUGAUCUCCCUCCCUUUCCCUCAAAACAUCCCCGAAAUUCCCGCUGGCAUCGAAAGCACCGACAAGCUCCCUUCCAUCGACCUCUUCUACCCUUUCGCCCUCGCCACAAUCCACAUGCAGUUCGACUUCGAGCGUGCCCUCACUACCCUUCCACGUGUCACCUUCAUGGUCUCCGACGGGUUCUUCUGGUGGACACUCGACUCCGCCGGCAAGUUCGGGUUCCCCAGAUUCGUCUUCUACGGCUUCGGAAACUACGCCUUGUCGGUGUCCAGCUUCGUCAGCCAGAACAGGCUCCUGCAUGGAGCCGAGUCUGACGACGAGUUGAUCACCGUGACUCGGUUUCCUUGGAUCAAAAUUACAAAAAAGUACUUCGAUGAUGCCUUUAGAGGCGCCGAUCAUAACCGACAAGCGUCUCAAGCCUCCGAGUUCCACGUCAUGUCUGUCGUGGCUGCGUUUCGCAGCUACGGCAUGAUAGUCAACAGUUUCUACGAACUUGAGCCUGUGUUCACUGACUAUUGGAACACUGAGUGUGGGCCCAAGGCCUGGUGUGUGGGCCCUCUUUUCCAACUUGCGCAAGAUGAACCGCACGAUGAUCUCGAUGAUAAGCCCACGUGGGUUGAUUGGCUGGACAAAAAACUGGAGGAAGGAAGUAAGGUCUUGUACGUUGCUUUUGGGUCACAAGCUGAGCUGUCAGCUGAACAGAUCCAAGAGAUAGCACUAGGGCUGGAAAACUCAAUGGUCAACUUUUUGUGGGUCAUAAGAAGUAAACAGUACUCAUCAGAGACUGCCACGUUGGACAUUAGAGGGUUUGAGGAGAGAGUGAAGAGGAGGGGAAUGGUGGUCAAAGAGUGGGUUGACCAGAAGUGGAUUUUAAUGCAUGAGAGUGUGCAAGGUUUUGUAAGCCACUGCGGAUGGAACUCGGUGAUGGAGAGCAUAUGCGCGGGAGUGCCAAUUCUGGCGUGGCCGAUGAUGGCGGAUCAGCCGAUCAAUGCAAAGUUCGUGGUGGAGGAGGUCAAGGUGGGGCUGAGGGUGGAGACAUGCGAUGGUUCGCCGAAGGGGUUUGUGAAGUCGGAGGGGUUGGAGAAGAUGGUCAAAGAGUUGAUGGAGGGAGAGAAGGGGGAGGAGGCGAGGAGGGAGGCGAAGAAGCUUGCUGAGGUGGCGAGGAAAGCUGUGAGUGAAGGCGGGUCGUCGUGGUCAACGCUGCAGUUGCUUAUAGAUGAGACAACGUGCAACAAGAGCACUAGGUUCUAGACGAUUUGUCGGUAGGGUUAAAGUAGUUGAUAAAAUGUGUAAGGCUCUUUAAUUUAACGUUGAUAACAAACUUAUAAAACCAAGAUAUGUAAGCGUUUAUGUAACGUUAAAUAAGGUCGUUGUCGUAUUCAUGUUUUGUGUGCUGAGACUUUGACGACAAUUCAUGCACAAAAUCUAAUUAAUGUGGCAUGAAUGACGGUCAAAUCACGUUGAUGUGACGGCCGGCCACAACAAAAAUUCUCUGUUAACUCUUGAAUGUCCUA